AGAGUACGACAGUUUAGCAGUGAAGGUACGAUAAGAUUGGUGGUGGUGAUGGUGAUGGUGGUGGUAGCAUUGUCAGUGUUGUGGUGGUGGUGUCGCUGUGUCCGUGAGUGAGAGAAGCCAAACACCGCAAUCAUGGUACUGGAGAGCACGAUGAUAUGUGUGGACAACAGUGAAUACAUGCGGAAUGGCGACUAUGUACCUACACGUCUCCAGGCUCAGCAGGAUGCAGUCAACACCAUCUGCAGGUUCAAGCUUCGCUCCAACCCAGAGAACAAUGUGGGUCUCCUGACGCUGGCCAACAGCACAGAGGUUCUGGCAACACUGACAACUGAUGUGGGCAAGAUCCUGACUCCUCUCCACAAGGUGCUGCCCAAUGGAAACAUCAAUCUGCUCACUGGGAUCCGCAUUGCCCACCUGGCCCUCAAGCACCGUCAGAGCAAGAACCACAAGAUGCGCAUUGUGGCCUUUGUGGGCAGCCCUGUGGAGGUUGAGGAGAAGGAGAUUGUCAAGGUGGCAAAGAGGCUCAAGAAGGAAAAGGUCAACAUUGACAUCAUCAACUUUGGUGAAACGGAUAUGAACCAGACACUGCUUGAGUCUUUGGUGAGCACCAUUAAUGGACGUGAGGGAGGCAGCUCCCACCUGGUGACUGUGCCUCCCUCCCCACACCUGGCUGAUGCCUUACUCUCAUCCCCCAUUGUUCAGGGUGAGGAUGGGGCCCCAGCAGCCACCUAUGCUUCAGGUGGUGGCUUUGAGUUUGGAGUCGACCCCAAUGAGGAUCCAGAACUUGCUUUGGCCUUGCGGGUGUCCAUGGAGGAGCAGCGGCAGCGACAGCAGGAGGAGGAGCGGCGUGUGGCCCAGGAGUCGGCCAAGGUUGCCCCCAUGGACACCACCCCCCAGCCUCCAACCACCACCCCGACGCCACAACCCGCUGCUGCUCAGGAAGGUGUGCAGUCUGAAGAGGAGAUGCUGCAGCAGGCCCUAGCCAUGUCUCUAGAGGCAGGUCGGCAGCCCCAGACUGGCAGUGGCACCCCUGCUAGUGCUGCCACGACAGGGAGUAGUGGGAAGGCUGCUGCAGCUACCACCACGGCCACAGCUGCUACUGCCACUACCACUACCACUGCUACCACUACCUCCACGGGACCCACUCUCCAAUCAGCGGCCAUUCCUGAUUUCUCAACAAUGACUGAGGAGGAGCAGAUUGCCUAUGCCAUGCAGAUAUCCAUGCAGGACUGCAAACCUAAGGAAGAGCCCAUGGACGUGGAUGCUCCGAAGGCUGCUGCUGCCACUCCUUCAGAAGCCCUUAAGGUAAAGAAGGAGGAGGAGGAGCAGGACUUCUCACAGGUGAUGGCUGACCCAGCCUUUCUGGAGAGUGUCCUGCAGACCCUGCCCGGUGUGGAUCCUCAGAGCCAAGUAGUGAAGGAAGCAGUGGGCUCCCUAACUCAACAAGAGAAAGACAAAGACAAGGAUAAAAAGGAUAAAAAGAAAGAUGAUAAGCAAUGAGUAAUCAAUAUCUAGGGUGUAAGAUUUUGUGUUGGCUACUAGAGGCCGUGUCAAGCAGAAGCUAAAAGGGGAGACGAUGCAUAGUAGGGAUAAGGAUGAAGGUUUGGCUUAAUUUAGAACAUUUUUGUUUAGUAUUGUUUUAUCUAUUUUAACAAUCUAGUGAAGAUCUAUCUGUCAGAUGUUUGUGAAAUGUGUUGUACACUGGAGACAUAUUGAAGCAUUUGAUAUAUGACUUGGGGCUGUGUAAGGUCGCUGGUGGUGUUUUGGCAACGAUUGCACUGCUUCUCAGGUGUCGUCUUUGUAAAUCACCUCACCUUAUACUAAACAAACAAACAAACAUGGAAACUGGGAAAUUGGGUGUAAGUGGUGAUCAUGGCAACGGGUUUUCAAGAUUAUUGUUAUUUAUUUGUCUUAUUUAGCAGCUCAGUGGAAUUUUAUGCAAAUCAUCCAGUAAGCUUUAUCAAGAAACAAAGUGUGAAUUUCGAUAGUAGUACAGUAUAUAAUGUUGCCAGCUGUGUCUCAUGAAAGUCUUGUGUAGAUUAUAGUGACACUAAAUUGGUCAGUUAGUUAGCAAUUACAUUAGCUGCUAUCAAACAGCCAGGCAGUUGUGUGGUAAGAAAGCAGCACCCAAGCUGUGUGUGUAUCUGCAUACACUGUAAUAUACCCUAACUGUCAUUCUACAGUGUCUUUCCAUGUUUGUUCCAGGUUAGUCUUUAUUCUUUUCAUAAUUUUGGUAUGUUGUUAACUGUCAAUAAACUCUCUUGUAUAAGCCAA